UGACAUGGUACCUCAGGCAGGUAGGAGUGAUGCAGUUCAGUGGAUCAAGAGCUCGUCACCAGCGUCUCUUGAAGAGACAACUAAACAUCAAAGAUUUAUAAGAUGCGCUUCGUAUCAUGUCACUGGUGACAGUAAUCUCCCCUGAUCCCUCACGUCUCCCGGCCGCACAUUAUAUAGUUGACAGCGUGCGUGACCAGCAGCCUCGAGGAGACACAGUGUGACUCUGGUCGUGACCACCUGAGUCACUAGAGAACAGCAUGUGACUUUUGACUGUGACGUAGUUAAUGGUGAUUAGUGUUCAGAGUUGUGACGUGAUGGUUGAUGAUUGGUGGAGUGGUUGUGUGAGUGUGUGGUUGAUCGCCAGGGCAUGAUAGAUAACUGGUGGAACCUUUCCUUACACAGAGGUCCUUCCUAGGUCCCUCUGUUCUCGAAGAAGGUAUUGAUGCUCCUCAAUAUUAGUCUGAGAGAAGAGGAAUCUGUGGUCAACAGCAUCUAGUGAUAUUAUUAGUGUUUUGCAUCUGUUGUCUACAGACCCGUCAUCUUGGUUACCUGUGUUUCUGACACCACCAUCAUGAGUGACCUUGGAAGUGAUUUUGGUCAUGACGAUGAGCUGCGUCGGAGGUCCCUACCGACGGAGUUCCUUCUGACGGGGAACCCCAACCUGAUGGGUCUUCCGAUCUUCAGGUACCAGCAAGAGUUAGAGGAGGACCGAGCAUCUCUCCUCGACUCAGCACAGUUCGUGGCCUCCACCUGCGACUCUGACGACGCUGGAUCUGGAGUGGAGUUGUUUCAGCCAUCCUCCAGGCGGUACGGGACGUGGAGGAGUGUGGAGGAGGGCAUCACCCUCACCUGGAGGGACAUCAACGUGUAUGUACCACAGAAGAAGACUUGGUAUAAGAGGAACCUCAAACACAAGCCCUUCAAGAGGGUCCUCAAUAACGUGUCUGGAGCGGUGCAGCCUGGCACUUUGGUGGCACUCAUGGGAGCCAGCGGGGCGGGUAAGUCUACUCUGAUGAACGCUCUGGCGCAUCGCACCCCGGGGGAGGUGGUGGUUGACGGUGAUAUACUGGUGAACGGUCACAAGGUCAGUCACAGCAUGAACGCCAUCUCUGGUUACGUUCACCAGGAUGAUAUCUUCGUGGGAACUCUGAGCGUCAGGGAGCAUCUGAUGUUCAUGGCUCGGCUACGUAUGGACUCAGGAACGUCGUGGUCAGAGAGGAAGGCCAGAGUACAACAGCUCACCAAGGAACUGGGACUGACUAAGGUGUUGCACUCGAGGAUUGGCGUCCCUGGCAUGACCAAGUCACUCUCUGGAGGUGAACGUAAGAGAUUGGCUUUCGCUUCCGAGAUCCUGACUGACCCGCCUCUGCUCUUCUGUGACGAGCCUACCACAGGCCUCGACUCUUACAAUGCCAAGAAGCUGGUACGAAUGAUGCGAGAAAUGGCGGCUCGAGGCAAGACUAUCCUCUGCACCAUCCACCAACCCUCCACAGAGGUGUUCCUUAUGUUCGACAAGCUCCUGCUGCUGGCGGAGGGUCGCCUGGCCUACAUGGGGUCCUCGUCAGGAGCUCUGCAGUUCUUGGAUGGCUUGGGUCACAAGUGCCCGGCGACCUUCAACCCAGCAGACUUCUACAUCCACACUCUGGCCGUCCAGCCGGGACACGAACUCAGAUCCAGAGAACGCAUCAAGAGGAUCUGUGACCACUUCGCUGUCUCGGCCUACGCUAAGGACAUCGACCUGACCAUCCAGUACCAUGAUAACAUGAACCUCCAAUAUAAGGAUACACGGGAGUGCAGCCUCAACAUGACCAAGAAUGUGCCACGCCAGCCCAGUUGGUGGAUCCAGCUGUCCUGGCUCACCUGGAGGUCCCUGGUCGACUCCUACAGGAAUCCUGACGUACAUGUCAUCAGGAUACUGCAGAAGAUUCUGAUGGCGGUGCUGAUAGGUGUGUGUUACACCAACGUGACACUCAACCAGGCGGGUGUUCAGGAUAUUGAAGGUGUACUCUUCAUCUUCAUAACAGAGAACACCUUCCCCUCAGUGUACGGGGUGUUGAACAUCUUCCCUCAGGAACUACCACUCUUCCUCAGGGAGUACAAGAACGGCAUGUACAGCAGCCAUGCUUACUAUAUCUCCAAGAUGCUGGCUAUGAUCCCAGGGUUCGUAAUAGAUCCCGUAAUCUUCGUGACUGUGUGCUACUGGCUGGUCGGUCUACAACACUGUGUCUACCAGUUCUUCAUGACAGUUCUCAUUGUUAUCUUCACUGCUAACACUGCUUCUGCUUGUGUAUGUUCGUCUGAUAAUAUUACUAAAAUUACCUUUGUAUUCUGCUGUCACAAAGGUGACAGCAGAAGCAGUGGUGAGGUAAAGGUGAGGUGGCUACAAGUGUGCCUGAUGUUCGCCACUCACUUAAAUAUGGUCAUUCUCAUCCCCUUCGACAUGAUGCUGCUUAUCUCCGGUGGCCUCUUUAUUGACCUGGCGUCCAUGCCAUGGUACAUAAGUUGGGUCAAGUACGUGUCGUGGUUCAUGUAUACUAACGAGGCUUUGACCAUCACACAGUGGAAAGGAGUUGACAACAUCACUUGCGAGACUGGCCCUGAGGUGCCCUGCUUGACCACGGGAGAAGAGGUUAUCUCUAAGUACACCUUCAAAGAUUGGCACCUACACCAGGACCUGUGUCUCAUGGCUACACUCUAUGUUGCCUUCCACCUCAUAGGAUUCUGUGGCCUCUACCUCAGGGCCAGGAGAAAGUAGAACCAGGGAGAGUAGGAGGCUGUAGGAGGCUGUAGGAGGCUGUAGGAGGCUGUAAGCGGCUGUAGGAGGAUGUAAGAGGGUGUAGGAGGCUGUAGGAGGAUGUAAGCGGCUGUAGGAGGAUGUAAGCGGCUGUAGGAGGAUAUAAGAGGGUGUAGGAGGAUGUAAGAGGUUGUAUGAGGAUGUAAGAGGUGUAGUAGGCUGUAGUAGGCUGUAAGAGGCUCUAGGAGGAUGUAAGAGGUUGUAGGAGGAUGUAGGAUGAUGUAAGAGGCUGUAGGAGGAAGAAGAGCAGGUGACACACGUGUUUACAAAGAUGUUAAAAUCUUGGUACUCAGUAUAAGAUAAUUUUUAUUUACACUCUUGUGAGAGCUGACAUGAUGAGAGGUGAAUACUGACACUUCAAGGUUGUGUACGUAGCCAGAGGUGUACACCCUGACGUGUACACCUAGAGAUGUACUCCUAAAUGUGUAUACAGGGAGGAAUACAGGAAAAAUGUAUUGAGAUAUGUACAUCUCUCAGUGUACAUACACUGAGAGGUACUCGUCUAAUUGUGGUUGCAGGGCUGAGUCAUAGAGCCUGGCCCCGCCUCUUCACCGGGUGCUCAGUUUAUGUACACUAAGAAAUGUACACAUGUGCACAUGUGUCUAAGUGCACAUGUGUCUAAUUUAUCAACUUGUGGGUUCUCUGAACCACUGAUCAAUACAUCCUACCAUACAACACAUACAUCCUACCAUACAACACACACACAUCCUACCAUACAACACACACAUCCUACCAUACAACACACAUCCUACCAUACAACACACACACCAUACCGUGCAACACACAUCCUACAAUACAACACACAUCCUACCAUACAACACAUACAUCCUACCAUA